CUUGCGCAAUAUGUUUUCCACGGCCCUGGCUACUGGCAGUGGUGUUUGUUGUUGUCACGUUAAAGGGACGAAGGGGAGAAUUCACGAAGUUAAUAUAACACCGAGUCUGUCGCAUGAGGUUACUGGGUGAGCCCCUCCCUGCCAUGAGAGCGGACCACCAGGUCACCAGCCCCCCCUCCUUCUGCAGUUGAUGGAUCUGCAGCUGGUCCAGAGAUGACAGACAGCGUCAGGGCCUUCCUCCGCAAUGUUGCGACGGGGAUCAAGGACUCCAUAUUGGGGAUUGGAACAAUCUCCAAGCUGGAUGCCCGCAUCCAGCAGAAAAGGGAAGAGCAGCGGAGGAGAAGGGCCAGUGGGGCCCUGGCACAGAGACGGGCACAGAGUGAAGAACGCAAACCGGACAAUGACCCCAAAGUAGCCAGCAGGAUCUUUCAGUGCUGUGCCUGGAAUGGAGGAGUGUUCUGGCUCAGUCUGUUUCUCUUCUACCGGGUGUUUAUCCCUCUGCUGCAGACACUCACAGCCAAAAUCAUUGGUGACCCCUCCCUCCAUGGCAGCGUGUGGUCCUGGUUAGAGUUCAUCCUAACCUCAGUCUUCAGCGCGCUCUGGGUUCUACCUUUGUUUGUCCUCAGCAAGAUAGUCAAUGCCAUCUGGUUCCAGGAUAUAGCUGACCUUGCAUUUGAAGUGUCUGGCUGUAAAGCGCAGCCGUUCCCCAGCGUCAGUAAGAUCAUUGCAGACAUGCUCUUCAACCUCCUCCUCCAGGCACUCUUCCUCAUCCAGGGUAUGAUUGUUAGCCUGUUCCCCAUCGAUGCCAUUGGACAAAUGGUCAGCCUCCUCCAUAUGUCUCUGCUCUACUCCCUGUAUUGCUUUGAGUAUCGCUGGUUCAACCAUGGCAUUGAGAUGCACCAGCGGCUGUCCAAUAUCGAGAGGAACUGGCCAUAUUACUUUGGCUUUGGCUUACCUAUGGCUUUGCUGACCGCCCUGCCCUCCUCUUACAUCAUCAGUGGCUGCUUGUUCUCCAUCCUCUUCCCGCUAUUCAUCAUCAGCGCUAAUGAGGCAAAGACACCAACAAAGCUGUACCACUUCCAGCUGCGUCUCUUCUCUCUGGUUGUGCUGAUCAGCAACAAGCUUUUCCACAAGACUGUCCACCUGCAGUCUUCACUGACGGGCUCCGCCUCAACAGAGAGGCUGUCCUCGCCCCACACAUCGCCGACCCGUCAGAGACUGCUGCCCACCCAGUGAUGGAUCCACGCGAAGGAGACGAGUGCGACCGAUGACUGACUCGUGGAAAAAGUCCACAAGAUGAAGAUGAGAUGCGGUUAAGGACAACGAGUUUACGUGUUUUUAUCUGAUCUCUGUCCCUUUUGUUAUUAAAUUUGCAGCAACUACCAGACACAUUUUUAGUGUGACACAAAAAAUCGACUGCCCUGUGCCUCACACUAAAACCACCUUGUAUUCUCUGCUCUAGUUAUCUUUAGUGUUUUUUUUCUUUCUUUUUUGUAUAAUGUGCCAUUUGAAUUACUCUCCUUUAAUAAAUGACAGCACAAGAGAUCAUGUUAGUUUUAAAAUGUUUAAGCAAACUUGUGACUAAAGAAGGUUUUUGUAACAUUGGAGGGCCUAGUUUGCUUUCAGAAGCAAAGCACAGCGGUGUUUACCUACAGUAUGUGUUUUCUCGAUGUUGCGAGUCACAUUCCUUCAUCACAGAUUGAAUGCUUUCUUGCACUUAGAAAUGUCCCUCUUUCAUAUUCUGGUGUGGUAGCAGUUCCAGGAACAACCUUGUACAGUUACGAAGGGAGGCUUUUUAAAACCUGGAACCGUCUUCUUUUCAGUAGAAUUUAUCCAUCAGUUCAGCAGCUGCUAUCAAGGUUUGGUGACCUUUCGUCAUGGAAACCAAAUAACAAAGUCACUCCGAAUCUCUUGGCUCAAGUGUUGCUCGGCGUCUCAUCCCAUAUUAAAAACUCUCUACUGUCUGAUAUUGCAAUUCACAAGGUGACACCAGGAAAGGAAAAGCUGCUGACGUCCUUUCAGUGUGUGUGAAGUUAGUAGGUGAUAAGUGAGAUGACACUGCCAAACCGCACUACAUUGCUAAGCUUUGUAACCAAGGAAGGAGCCCUAUAAUUAAAACCUUUACAUCUUAACAAAGUAGUGACCGGCCUUGACUUCCUUGCUCUAGGUCUCCCCCCAGAGAGCUGAAGAGAAUAUAACUGGUCCCUAGAGCUCACUGGCUGUUUAGUUUUUGUGCUGUAAAACGAUGUUGAUGCCUCCCGAAUGUUCAGUCAGAGGCCCGCCGCCACCACGCCACAGACCACAGAUCUUUCACUCGCUCAGACCUCGAGGCUGUGGGGAGAGAGGGGCUGUGAUUUUAAAAAUGGUGUGCAGUUGUUGUAUGAAGAGCAUAGUGUUUGUGCAGACUGAUAUUUGUGAGUGAGGUUUUGUAAAAGUAAUACGUCUAAUUUCAAUAAAUUGGUCAGUAUUCGA